UAUGUAAUAAUCUUUAAAAGAAAAAUGGCAAAUACGUUCAGAGAAGGACGAUACUGGAGAGUUGAGGAUGUACCAGGGAAAGGCAAAGGAGUUCUUGCAAGAACUAUCUAGAGAAAAUCUGAAGAUUGGAGAACUCAUUUUUCAAGAUUUUCCUUUGUUUAUUGUUCCCUCAGCAGUUCAUACAGACUCAUCAGAACAGCUUGACGAUUACCUGGAGGCACAACUUCAAGAUCUCUGUUUGGAGGCUAAAGAGGCUUUUUGGGACUUAACAGACUCUAAAUCUCAAGGUCCUAAAAGUUCCAGGGGAAUUUACUUUACAAACUGCUUCAGUAUAAAGCAAACUACCACAGUAGAAUAUCCAACUGCCAUGCUUCCAAUAUUGGCAAGGUUGAACCACAGCUGCAGACCGAACACUGAGUUCCACUGGAACGAUGAGCUGGGUUGUGAUGAAUUGAGAGCUUUUAGGAAUAUUUCACAAGGAGAGGAGUUAACAAAUUGUUAUCUGGACCUUACGAUUAAGGGUCGGAUAACGCAGCAAGAGCGGCGUAGCUUGCUUAAGUCCGGAUAUGGGUUUGAUUGUAACUGUGAAGUGUGUUCCCUACCGUUCAACCUCCUGGAGCAGGAUGAUAAACUCAGAGUGGAAGCUUUUAAUCUCUCUCAAACAUGUUUCGAUCUCAAGGACAGCCUAAGUUCUGAAGAAAUAAGCAAUGUUUUACGAACAGCUGAACGAUGGUUUUUUCUACGAAAAAUGUUGGGUUACAAGGUGAUCCAUCAGCUAGAAGCUGCAGAGGUGGUUUGGCACUUGGCUAUGCUACUGGGACAGGAACAAACAGCACUAAAUAUUUCCAGAGAAGGUGAGGUGCUUGCUGGUAUUAGAUAUGGGAAAGAAAGUAUUGAGGUCGAGAACUGGAAAGAGAAAAGAUUAAAUCCUGUAAAAUCUCUGAUAGGAUAGCAUGAACUUGAAUAUUAAACAGUCUAUAAAGAUGAGAA